AUGGCCUCGGGCGGUGGCCGCAAAUGGCAACAAUUACUACAGGAACUAGUAAUGAUUGCUGGCACUUCCCUUUCCACCUAUUUCGUCGUCCGAUUCCUCCUCUCCAGGGUCGAAUUCGACCCCGAUAGCCAAAAGCAUGAGGAGGCGAAGCGGAAAUCCGCGGCCAUCUUGCGAAGACUCGACAGCCCUGAUGAUUCUGACGACGAAUCGUCCAAGUCAAAAAAAAGUUCGUCACGGCAAAGGAAGCAGAGGAAGGAGGACCUCGUUCUCUCGCAAUAUGAACAGACCAUCGCGAUGGACGUUGUAGCGCCUGAAGAUAUCCCUGUAUCCUUUAGCGACAUCGGUGGACUGGAGGAUAUCAUUGAAGAAUUGAAAGAGUCCGUCAUAUAUCCGCUCACCAUGCCACAUCUAUAUUCAACCACGUCAUCACUCCUCAGUGCACCCUCGGGGGUGCUCUUAUACGGACCACCUGGCUGUGGCAAGACGAUGUUGGCAAAGGCGCUGGCGCACGAGAGUGGAGCUUGUUUUAUAAAUCUUCACAUCUCAACCUUGACAGAAAAAUGGUACGGCGAUUCGAACAAGCUGGUCAACGCCGUCUUCUCUCUGGCGCGCAAAUUAGAGCCGAGCAUCGUCUUCAUCGAUGAGAUCGAUGCAGUACUGGGGACACGGCGGAGCGGCGAACACGAGGCCAGCGGCAUGGUCAAGGCUGAGUUCAUGACACACUGGGACGGGUUGACCUCGUCCAACACGUCUGGGCGACCACAGCGGGUUCUCAUCCUUGGCGCGACAAAUCGAAUCCAGGAUAUCGACGAGGCGAUUCUCAGACGCAUGCCGAAGAAAUUCCCUGUCACCCUUCCACCCGCCGCGCAGAGAUUGCGGAUAUUAGGGCUUGUCCUUAAGGAUACAAAGAUAGACCGGGGAAAUUUUGACCUGAACUUCCUCGUCAAAGCUAUGGCGGGGAUGUCUGGCAGUGAUAUCAAGGAAGCCUGCCGAGAUGCCGCAAUGGUACCUAUCCGAGAGCUAAUACGAUCGAAACGGGAUUCGGGCACUACGAUGGAAACUGUGGAUCCCGAUGAAGUGCGUGGUUUGCGAACGGAAGACUUUUUUAAACGAGCAGGUGGCGUGAAGGCUGCCAACCAUGGCGGUAGUAAUGGUGCUAUUAACCGCAAAUCCAUUCUCACGAAAGCCGCGAGCAGUGAACCACCUUCUGAAAAAGAGUGGACUACUGAUUCUGAAGGAGGUGGUGAUGGGGUUGUUGAACCGGAAUUCAUCCCAAUAGAUAAAUGA